AUGCUCUUCAUGUUUCGUCCUCGAACAACGCCUUCUUCAACCUUUCAUCGAUCCCUCCACAGAUCAUCUUCUCCCAACAGGAUGGUGAUUCCACCGCCAGUGAGACCACCACGACUCUUCGACUACCUAAAACCAUACGUCCUGAAGAUGCACUUCACAAACAAGUUCGUUCACGCCCAAGUCGUCCACACACCAACGGCCACGGUGGCUUGCUCGGCGAGCUCGCAGGAGAGAGCACUGAGGGGAACAAUGGAGGUCACAAGAGACGUCGCUGCUGCUUCAAAGAUCGGCAAGAUUCUCGGGGAAAGACUGUUGACGAAAGAGAUUCCGGCUGUCACUAUUCAGUUGAAGGAGGAACAGAGGUAUCAUGGUAAAGUCAAGGCUAUGAUCGAUUCUGUCAGAGAAGCUGGCGUCAAGUUGAUUUGA